GGAAUUUGAAGUUUGAACAGCUCUUUCCUCUCCCAACUCCAUGCGACGACCGGAGACGACGGCGAUAGCAAUGGGAGACCGGCAGAAACUGAAAGGAUGACGGAGAGCAGCUGCGGAGGAACUUGGAACAGAAAUGGUAGCUCGGAUGCUCACUGGAUGACCCAUGAGAUGAAGAAAUGGUAGUCAGAGGUUUGAUGCUGGUUACCCUCCGCAAAUCGCCAUGGCCCGAGUUUCUCUUCUCCACUCAUAUCGUUCUAAGGGCACAAUUUUUACAUUCUGUAUACCGAAAAACAUGUCUUUGUAAUCAUAUAUGCAAGGUUUUCUGGAAUGAGCCGGCAAUUGGGCCACUCUAUGGACCCCGAAAUUGCAAUUUUAGAGGGAUAAAUUGUGUUCGGUUUCUAUCCACGUUUCCCAGAGCUCCAGAAUCAGUGGCUGGUGGAAACGUUGCCGCUGAUGGUAUUGACCCAUCUAAGGAAGUGAAAGUAAAAAGAAAGAAACUGAAGGGUAGAAGGGCGGUAGUGAAAUGGUUGAAGUGCCUCAGGUGGAAGAAGAAGAAAGAGUUCCAGAGGAUGACUGCAGAGGAAAAAUUGCUUUUCAAUCUGAGAAAGGCACGCAAAAAAGAAGAAAGGCUUAUUGCAGCUUUAAAGAAGAUUGAACCUAAGGAGACGUCAGAAGCUACCCAUGACCCUGAGAUACUGACUCCCGAAGAACACUUCUACUUCUUAAAGAUGGGGCUGAAAUGCAAGAAUUAUGUGCCUGUUGGAAGACGCGGGAUAUACCAGGGUGUGAUCCUCAACAUGCACCUGCACUGGAAGAAGCACCAAACACUUAAAGUCAUUGUGAAGACCUUUUCUCCUGAGGAGGUCAAGGAAAUUGCUGCAGAACUGGCAAGGUUAAGUGGUGGGAUUGUUCUUGAUAUUCAGGAUGAUGACACCAUUAUUAUGUACAGGGGAAAGAAUUAUUCACAACCGCCAACAGAGAUAAUGUCUCCCAGAUGCACACUUCCUAGGAAAAAGGCUCUAGAUAAAUCCAAAUAUAGGGAUUCCUUGAGAGCUGUUAGGAGAUAUAUACCUAGACUGGAGCAUGAUCUUGAGCUGCUUCAAGCCCAAGCAGGGAACAAUGCUAGUUUUCCAGAAGAAAACAAAAUGAUUGGCUCAGAGAGCUGUAAUUCUGAUCAUCAUUUUGAGUUGCAAGCUGAAGCAUCCAAACAGCUGAAUCAAGUAAUGCAUCAAACUGGUCAACAGGAUGAUGAAAAUGACUCGGUGGAAUCUGAUCCAGAUGUCGAUUCUGAAGAUCUAUCUGAUAUUUUUGAGACCGAGUCUGAGGAAGAGAAUGAGGACAGGAAUGACACGCCUCUUUAUUUGCAUGAAUUUGAAAAGUUUCCUUCUCUAAGUAAUCGGGAAACCAAAGAUUUUGAGGAAGAUUUGAGUCAAGUAUGUGCUGAUUCAAGGAGAGGGACAUUGCAAGGCAGAGAUAUAAAAGCACCAGAUUUAGAAGAAGUUGAUAAGAUGAUCCUGCAAGCUGCAUCCCUUUUGAAGAAAAACAGGAGAUGAAAGCCUGUUUCUACAGGUUGGUUAACUCAUUCCUUUAGAAUUUGAAACUUGAGAGCGAAGUUUUGUACUUCAGAUUCUUUUCAACCUAUUUGUCUGAAUCACAGCAUCAGGUAAAAUUAGGUAUGGAAUAGUAAAAGAGUGUUAAGUGUUGGGGUGGGAUGACUGAAUUGUAGCAUCAGGAAAUAUGCUCGGCUAAGUUGCACGGAGACUGGAAACACUAAUUUAAAUUUUACAAAUAAUUUGGGUGUCAACUGUCAAGAUGUCCCCAUACCUUGCCCCUACUCGGAAGUAGAGAGGCUGUUUCCAAAGAGACCCCCGGCUCAACGUCGAAAGUUGCAUUGCUUAACUAACUGCUACUUCAUUAAUUAAAGAAGCACAGACAGUUUAGAGAUCCAUUUUGAUUUAUUCCAUCACAUCCCAAAGCCAAAAAUGGUGAAAUUUUGGCUCCAUCCGAGAUGAUGGAAAUUCUAUUUGCAACCACAUACAAUACCUUCUGCUUCAUGUUAUGAUGAAGACAUUUCAUACAUGAAGAAAGAUAACACAUUAAGCAUAAUAUGUUGUAGGUGUCUCAACAUAAAGACAAUGGAUAUCU